CGUAAGAUUAAACUACUCCAAUUUAACAUGGAUGCAGCUCGAAGAAUGUCGUGUCUACGUAAAGCCUGUCACGAGGUCACUACAGCCGUCGUCUGCAGUCUCAUCAUGGCGGAAACACAUGUCGGCCCUAAAGAAAAAGUUUUACUUCAGACAUUGUACUUUUACACCGAGAUUGGAGAGAAUCACAUCCAUAAUAAGUUUAACGAAUGUGAUCCUGAUAUAUUUCAUACAGCUCCACAAUCCACUGGGACAAAAAUAUAUCCAACUAUGUGGAAGACGAGAACUCCCCAUCAGUGUGUGGGUACAGCUGUUGAACAAGCUGAACCAUAUCAUGUGAUUCCUAUACACAUACCAUAUUCACAAAGGCAUGUUAAGAUAUUCAUACAUUGUCUGUAUGCACAACUGGUACCCAGCAACUACUUCCACCAAAUGCUGAGAAAAUCUGCAAAGUUAUGAUGAAGAGAAGUCAACCAAAUUGCAGUUCACAAUCUUGUGGGAUUACAUGAAAUAGGAAGAAGAUGUUGAUCACAAGAGGAUGUCUACAAGAAACAAUUGAUAUUCAUGGAAUUUUUGGUACAAAGGGUUUCGGACGUUGCUACUGCGCAUGCCUAUCCGAGGUAACUGGAGCAACUCCAAUAAACAUGUUCCCCUAUAAA